AGGACCAGGAGGACUCAGGCGUCCCGGGUGAGCAGCCGUGUGAUGGGAGAGCAGGAUGGGCAACAAGCAGACAACCUUCACCGACGAGCAGCUGGAGGCGUUCCAGGACUGCACCUUCUUCACCAGGAAGGAGAUCCUGCGGUUACACGGCCGAUAUCGUGAGCUCGCUCCUCAUCUAGUGCCGCUGGAUUACACCAACAACCCCGACAUCAGAGUUCCUCUGACGCUGAUCGUCACCAUGCCGGAGCUCAAGGAGAACCCGUUCAGAGACAGAAUCGUGGAGACGUUCUCCGAGGACGGACAGGGGAACCUCAGCUUCAACGACUUCGUCGACAUGUUUUCUGCUCUCUGUGAAACGUCACCCAGAGAACUCAAGACCAUCUACGCCUUCAGGAUCUACGACUUUAACAGGGACGACUUCAUCUGUAAGGAGGACCUGAAGAAGACCCUGAACAAGCUGACCAAAGGAGAGCUGACCCCCGAGGAGGUCUCUCUGGUCUGUGACAAGUCCAUGGAGGAGGCCGACCUUGACGGGGACAGCAAGCUCUCCUUCUCCGACUUCGAGAACAUGGUCUCCAAGGCUCCGGACUUCCUCAGUAACUUCCACGUACGAAUAUGA